AGAAACACACUGCACUGUUAGCAGCAAGAGCUUUACUCCAGCAGACGGCAUGACCAAGACUACACCAAAAGACUGACAGGUGCCACAGGUACUUUCAAAGAACAUUGAUAUUUUGCAGCUGAUUUCAUUGACAUUCCCUGGACUUUUGAUUCUAAAGGCUCUGUUAGACUUUGAAACUGAACUGGAACUACAACAGGUGAGCUGAUUUGUGCUGUAAUAUACAGUAAAUCUCUCAUACAAUUGCAGUCACAAGCUAGUUCAGUUGGUCACCUUUUUGUUUCUUUUUGUUACUUUUUUUUCUUGAGCUUUCAGACUACUUUCAGUCUUAAAACGUUUUUUAUUUGUAUUUGCUGAUGUUUGCAUUGUGUCAUCAUGGUAUCCAAAGAAAAUUCUGCCAAUAGAGAUACAUGUAGAACACCCCCAUCGUGAUGUCCCUACAAAGAAUCAUUUGAAAGUAAGAGUUAUUGAUGUAACUUUGUGGGGAUGGAAAGUCAUCUGCACGAUUCCAUGGAAAUAGAAAGUUAAAACCACUCUUAAAACCACUCAGAGUAAAUAUGCAUGUUUCUCAGUGCAAUAUAUAAUAUAUAUAAAUUUGACAAUUUUCUUGAAAAAAAGUUGGUGGUGUUCUAAAAACACAAACUUUUAAAAUGUGCUCAUACUAUUUGUCUUUGUCAUUGUCUGUUACAGGGGCAGAACAAAUGAUCAGAUGUGCUCAGAUAUUAUACAGUAUGAGGAUGGUUUGUUUUUUAUGCUUCUGUCCAUCACCCCUUUUUAAGAAACAUCCUUUACAUGUGUUAAUUCACUGUUUACUCUGAUAGCAUUUCCUUACUUCACAUGGAACAUUUACAGUGUUUAAAAAUAAUAAUAUUUUACAACCCUGGUUACAGUUUAAGAGAAAGUAGCUAUAUAAUGGCCCUACCUUAUUCCCAUAGACUUUUUUGGUGGUGCUUGUUUCUGUGGACUGAACUUCCUGUUUCUAGACCAAAAUGUAUUUUUGAUGAGGUUCAGGCUCAUGUCAGGCCACUCAAAGCUGCUCCUCUCCACACCGGGCAAGAGCAGUUUAAGGAUCUACACAACCAAAAGUUAUUCCAGCCACAGAGAAGUACUAGGGACAUAGGCAGCCCACAGCCAAUCAGGAUUAAAACAUGGUUCCCAGAGGAGAGCCAUUUCCAAUCAGAAGAGGAGAGAGGGAGACUGAAGGCAGCUGUGGAGGAGGCUGUCGGGACAGUGUCAUCUCUGCUCUCAGUAGUUAACAGAGUACCUGGCCCUUUACUCCUGAAGCGAGACAUCAACAAAUACUGCAAAUUCAUUUGGAGGAACGCCAGUUCUUUGAACUACAACAGGUGUGGUCGAGCUAAUAAGGCCUACAGAAAUGAGACCUGCCUGGAUGUGACAAUCCCAGACGAGCACCUGAAGGGGUGUGUCAUUUACCCAGAACUAAAUUCAUCUCUGAAGAUCAUGCUGAGGCCUGAAGGAACCGGAUUCCCUGAUACAGACUUCCUGCUGUACCUUCAUGUGCGAGCCACUGACAAGUGCAGAUCAGAGCCAAAUGUACAGGCGUAUGCUGCUCAUUGUCAAACUGGGAGUGAUGGGCGUCCUUUGGCCGGAGUUGUGAUUAUUUGCAGAGAAAGGCUGGUUGGAGUUUUGUACAACCACCACACCACUGUUCUGAUCAUAAUCCAUGAGCUGUUUCAUGUUCUCGGCUUCUCAAAGACGCUCUUUGGUUCUUGGAGAGACUGUUCCACCUCCUUUCGUCUGGGUUGUUCCCUUCGAUCCAGAAUGAUUCGUCCAGAUGCUUCGGGUCAGAUGAGAAUUUACAGCCCGUCUGUGACCUCAGCCCUUCAGAGGCAUCUGAGGACUACUGAUCCAGAUAUAGGAGGGCUUCUAGAAAAUAAGGAUGCUGGCCCUAGUGGGGUCUCUUCACACUGGGAGUCCCGGUUGAUGCAGGGGUCUAUCAUGUCUGCUGUGCUCAAUGAGCCCUCUGUUGUUCGGAUCGACCCGGUGACCUUGUACGCACUGCAAGACACCGGCUGGUACACGGCUGACCUGGAGUGGGCACAGCCUCUGGUCUGGGGAGAAGGAGAAGGAAAUCUGUUUGGCUCUCCUUCAACUUGUAAAAACAACUCUGCUUUCUUUUGCUCUGGCAGUGGUUUUGGGUGUCAUUAUCUUCACCUCCACAAGGGGCAGUGCCACUCUGAUCCUUACCUGGAUGGAUGCCACAUUUAUAAACCAAUCCUAAACGGAAGUGAGUGUUUUCUGACUGAAAAUGCCCAACAGGCUGCUCAAGAUGAAAUGUUUGGAUCUGAUAGCCGUUGUUUCUUUUCAACUCUCAGUAAACAGGAUCACGUGAUGAACACUUCAGUUGAGGGUCGGUGCUACAAACACCGAUGUACUGGACUUAAUACGUACCAGAUACAGGUUCAUGGUGCUGACUGGAUGGACUGUCCAGCAGGAGGCGCUAUUCGGAUCAAAGGAUAUCAGGGCUUCGUUUGGUGCCCAGACAAGAGACUGUGUGUGCCUGAAGUUGCUCCUGCUCAGUUUUUGUCUCAUAACACAAGCAAAUCAAAGAGGGUAGUUUGGUCAUUUUGGAGGACCUCUGCUGUAGUCGUUGCUUUGACCUUCUCCCUGGUUCUGGUUGUGACCAUUUCCUGUCGCUGCUGCAAGGUCAGAGUUCACAGCCUCCAGCAUGAACACAAUCUGCACCAAACACUUCCAUAAAGAUGUUUAUUAUUAUUAUCAGAUUGUUAAUUUUGAUUGCUG